GGGAAGGUAGUGAGGGAAGGUCAUAAAAAAACUAACUGGAACACAGCCCAGGAAGGUUGAACCGAGCAUUGUUAAAUGGGAUGGUCUAGCCUAGGUGGAUUGCUCUUGUCACCUAGCAACUAUGACAGCUGCCGUUGUUUGUAAUGUUUGUACUGGACUUUUUUGAAGGUUAUCUGUCUGAACAGGGUUCACAACCUGUCUGAAUAUGUUCACCUUGGUCCAUUUAUGUACAUUACUGUAAACUAACUAUAAAAAUGCUGCUUAUUAAGAUAUAUCAACAUUUGAACAGCUGUUAAGUUUGUCUUUUCAGUUAAGUUGUGUGGUGAACAGCACAUUCCAGGGCCCAGUUUAUGGCCGGACCCCUCUCUGUCAGUAGCAGUGGACAAAGGUUUGCUACAUUUUGAUUGGAUCUUGGUGGACUAACACAAACAAACUGUCCAACACCAUCAGAUAAAGAUACUAGGACAACAGCCAGACACCUCUUAAAGGGCAAGAAGAAGACCUCUGGAACCAAGCCCGGGAAUACAGACAUCAAAGCCACAGAGGCAGAAAAUGCAGUAGGACUGUCUCUCAGAAUUCAAAAAAAUCCCUGUCUUCAUGGAUGACAUUUAUUUACCGGUUUUCUCAGGGCUUGCACCUCAGACAAAUCGACAUGAAGCAAGAUGGAAUUGCAAGAAGUUCCCGAACUAUGUCCAAGAUGGCUGCAGCAUUAAGAAAGGUUUGCAGGGGUGCUAUGAGGCGCCAUACACGAAGAAGUGGGCAAAUUAUUGGACAUCCCAGAGAAUUUGCUGUUAUUGAUGAAAGAAGCUUUCGUCAUAAACGUAAGUAUGGCAGAGGGAGGGCAACCGCAACUUGGAGACGAAAAAAGUGGGUCUUUGGUAUACUAGGAGUAAAGGAUGAGCGACGACAUCCAGUCUUAUGGCUUGUAAAGAGAAGAGGAAGGCAGAAUCUUGUACCAAUUGUGGUUAAGCAUGUGCGACCUGGAACCACCAUUAUAAGUGAUGAAUGGAGAGCUUAUAGAGGUGCAUUAGGUGCCAUGGGCUACACUCACUUUAGAGUCAAUCACAGACAGUGGUUUGUGGAUCCCCACAGUGGAGCCCACACCCAGCAUCUCGAGAGAGCAUGGUUGAAGUACAAAUCUACUAUUUGGAGACUUAGAGGAAACAGAACAGAAAAAAUCCUGAAGCAACACCUCUCAGUCAUUGAAUGGACUCACUGGCUGGCUGACAAACAUAGCCAAGGUCCCCUUGGUAGACUGUUCAAAGACAUUCGCCAGCACUAUCCUGUGUAGUAGUUUACCUCAAAACGCACAAUGUAAUGUUAUGGAAACAUGUUUUUGGAAAGUGCUUCAAUGUUUAAAAAUCUGCGUUUAAUAAAUGGCUUUUAUAAACAAAGUAAUGGUCAUUAAUUAAUUAUUAGUUAAUGGUUUGUGAAUAUAUCAUGAUGUUGUGACUUUACUUGUUGAGGCACAUCAUUAUUAACUCAUCAUUUAGUAAUUAUAGUUAUUUGCACAUGUAUUUGCACAAAUAAUGCAGUAAUUAAUCAUGUAUUAAUGCAUAUUACUUUAUCUGUUUUGCCUGGAAGUUGAAAUACA